GUGAAUUGUGAUGUGAUCUCAUCGUAAGGUGGCUUAAACUGAUGGAUAGUAUGGGGCCACCCUUAAUAAUAUUUUUUUUUAUAUCGAGUUACAGACUAUACAGAAAAAGAACCUGUUAAAAUUAAAAACAAAUAAUCUAUGCAGCUACGACUUACGAUUACGAUACGUACGGAUUGGUACGGAUUACGAAUGGGACCCAACUCAACAAAACAAAUGUCCGAUUCGUGCGCCCAUUUCGUAAGUUCUACGAACGAUAAUUUCGAUCAACGCCCUCAUAAUAAUAAGUUUUAAUACGUAUGGGUAUUCGUGAGUUUAUAAAUUAUAGCCUUCAGUCUAUUGUUAAUUUGAAUUUCGUAUAGAAAUUCUUUAGAAAUUUAUAUUUUUAAUGACAAAACAGUAAAGAGACUAGUGGAAUCAAGUUUCAUUUAUUCAGUUUCGCGAAGGUUUGCCUGAGUGUUGGAAGAUUGGAAACAUAAUAUUAGAAGAAUUUACUACUUCUGUUUACUGGGCACUAGUUACUACUCAAAAUGGCAGUGGGGAAUGUUCACCUUUCACCAUGAAAUGAAUUGACCAAAUCUCAUCAUCGGUAUGCUCAUCGUCCUAUGACAAACAAAGCACGGAUGUUGAAUCUGAGGAGCAGUGUGUGCGAUGGUGAUAGCAAAGAGUAAAAAAGUUAAGCCAAAAAUGAACAAUACUAUGAAAAAUAUGGAUUUCAAUUGGACUUCUAGCCAAGAACCCAACAACCAAGAAGUGGGUGUUCCUCAAGCUCUAUUUAUUCCUCAUUCAAAUUCUUUGCCGUUUGACGAAAGACGUGUGACUUUGGAGAAACCUAUUAAGAUUGGACGCAACGUCUACCGAGCAACUCCCACACCCACGAACACUAUCUUUGAAUGUAGAGUUCUCUCUCGACAUCACGCCACGCUCUAUUAUGACAAAGGACACUUUUAUCUCGUGGACAACCAGAGCAGUAACGGUACGUUCAUCAACAACAAGCGGUGUUCCACAUCGGAGCUUGAGCCGCAGGAGGUGUUCUCCGGCGACGUGGUCCAGUUUGGCAUUCCCGUCGUUGAGAAUGCUGGAAAUUCGGAAAAGAACACGUUUCCGCCGGUGGUUGCACUCCUCAAGCUAUACCAUCCCGAUGGCAAGGAAGCAAAGCUGUCCUUUAAUCCCACCAUGACGACUCCGCUACAUUUGAAAGAGUUAUACCAGCUGAAUAAUUAUGUUCAGGAGGCUAUCCAGCGCGAGGCUUCCCUGGAGGGCAGGCUGCGGACGCUGCGCGAGUGCGUGGAGCGGACGCGCGCGGACGCGCAGGCGUCGUGGGAGCUGUUCGUGGGCGAGCAGCGCCUGCUGACGCGCGUGCACACGCUCGAGGCCAUGCUGGCGGCCGGCAAGCAGCCCGACCACCACCACGUCGUGCAGCUGCUCACCGACAAGAGGAACUACCAGGAGGUGGCGCAGGAGAGCCUGCGCGCGGCGCACGAGCAGCGGCUGGCGCUGGAGGAGACGCUGGAGCGCCGCAGCCGCGAGGCGGCCGCGCUGCACCACCACAACUACGCGCUGCGCCUCACCGCCAACAACGCGCUCGCCGAGCUCCAGAAACUGGCAGCGCGUUGCGAGCGAAAAAUGUGUGCGGCUAGACUCGCCAUAGCGGCCGCGGAGGAACGUGAGCAAGCUGUGCGCAAACAUUUGCCGCUCGCUUGCUCGGUGCAGAACGGCGAGGCGCGGCUGCUGGUGCUGAGCACGGACAGCAACCGCCUGCAGGAGGCCAAGCGCGGCGCCUCGCUCGAGGACGCCGUGCGCGCGCUGCCCGACUACAUCAAGCUGCUGCUGCCGCAGCACCUGCUCAACAAGGUGGGCAUAAAAGCAAUAUCGGCGGAAGGCAAAUCGGCGAAGGAGUUCGAAUUAAUAUUGAAAAAGAAUAAUAUUUACAAUUCAGAGAGUAAAGAAAAACAAGUGACUGAAGAAGAUGGGGUUGAAGGCAGCAGUGAAGAAAAAUCUGAAGACCCUGAUUCCUGUACCGACGAUGAGAAGCAGUCUAGACUUAAUCAUGACCAAGUGCACGAAGUGGAAUCGUCCAGUCCUCUAGACGGGGAGCUUCAUCCAGACAACAAUGCGAAUUCGACAUACAGCGAGUCAAGCACGAGGGAGGAGUCGCCUAGCAAAGCGGGCGUGGAGUACGCGAACAUCCUGCGCGUGAUGGCGGGCUUGAACGACGAGAUCCGCGCGCUGCGCGAGCGCGUGGCGGCGGCGGCGGCCGAGGCGGACCAGCUGCGCGCCGUGCGCGACGAGCUGCUCGCCGCGCAGCCCGAGCGCCUCGACCCGCCGCCCGACCCCGAGGACGCCGCCGCCUACCGCGCCAAGAUACACGACCUGCAGACGCAACUCAAUCGUUCCACCGUCGCCGAGGAAGCAAACCUGGCAGAAAUCCAACGGCUAGCAUCGAGCGCUGCCGAAAUGGAGGCGGAGCUCGCCUUCCGACCGACACGUGCCGACAUCGACGAUCUUACCGCCGUCGUGGGCAGCCUGCGCAACGAACUACUUGCCAAGGAACAGCAAAUCGAAAGCCUCCAGGCAGCUCUAAACAAAGAAAAAUCCACUCUCGACAAAUGCGUCGAAACUUCCCACUCGUUAGAAGACCUUGUCAAGCUUGACGAAAAACAACAACCCGCAAUCGACGAAGACAUCGACGCCACGAAGAUAUCCGCUGAAAUAGACGAAAUGUUCCAACUGGAUUACGACGAAGACGACGAAACGAACUCGGCCGCGACGGAAAUAAAUCGCGACGCGAGCGAGCCGCCGACGAACGUCGACACUAGCACCGUCAGCGAGUACGUACGCUUGGAUGACGAAGAAAGGCUCCAAGUGACGCUUCAGAACGGUUCUCUACACGCGCUCGAGGAGGAACUGGUCCGUGCCAAGGAGAGGUGGGCGGAAGUGUGCGCCGAUAGAGCUCGACUAACGGAGCAGUUGGCGGCACUGCAGAACAAACCCCUCCGCUUAGACCUCACGCACGGAAUAGCCCUGGUCGUGCCGAUAGCGAUCGCCUGCCUUUAUUACCUUCUGCUGCCUUAUAUCUCCUGAUUGACGGCCUCUUGGGACCCCCCCGGGUACGUUUAGCCCCGACACCCGCCCGGAGCGGCGUUCGACCCACUUUGGGAUUUCACGAUACAAGUUCAAAUUAUUGCUCACUACUUACUACAUUUUCUAUUUGACGUGACGAGCAAUCGAUUCGCGCCAAUCCUAUCUUUUAGCAUUUCACUAGUCGAAGGCCAUCGGAUAUUAUUAUGGGUUAGGAUAAUUUAGUAUAUAUGGAUAUGGUGUAUAUACGCCUUCGGUGUGGUUAUAGUGCGGUGAUUGAUUCGAUUGGUGCAGGUUGAUUUCGCUGUUGUUGAGCUUCGCGUAUAAAGUGCCAUUUGUUAGUGAAAUGGCGUCGCGACGACGCGGGAUCGGAGCACUUGUUAUUGCAUGUAUUUUAUUAGUUUUGUUUCUGUAAAAAAAUCUGUAUUUGUAUUUGAUAAAAAAGAUAAAAUAUUAAAUUCGUUGUUUAUAUCUGCCAUAAUAACUUGUACAUUGUUAAUGUUAAGGCCUAACGACUGUAUUAAGUUGUAAUAAAUUAUUAUUGUACGAAGUCUCCUAAUAUAUAAAAUCUCUAAAAGAAUUUCUCUGACGAGCGAUAUAUUGAAGCGAAACGAAUCUACCGAUACAAUUAAAAUCUAUAUUGAUAUUUCUUAGUGUGUUCAUCAAUGUAAAAUAUUAUACAUAUGGUUGUGUUGCCGAUCGACUGCCGCAGAGAUACCGCAUCGUAAUCGCUUUCGGGAGCUGUCACACAUAUCAUUUUGUGUAGGUUUUGAAGUGUGGGCAUCUUGUCUGCAUCUGGCCGUUGAUUGAUAUAUUUUCGAAUCCUUUGCAUUUUCUAGUCCUUAGAAUCGAUUAAAUUUGAUUGCAUGACAUUUUACAUCUUGCAGUUUUAUAUUACAAAAGCCUUGAUUUAGGAAUGUCAAUAGAUUGUUCGUUAUUUGGUGUGAAUGGGUUGAUUAUUUGAGAACUUCUCUGAGAUAUAAUUUUAAAUUUGUAUUUUUUGUAUUAGAGCAGUAAUUAGGACCCAUGCAUCUUAAAAUAAUAUAUACAAUACCCUAACUUAAGUGAGAUUUAUCUAAUAUCUGUAUUAGUUGUGUGAGCGAAACUACCGUGAUCCGGCUGUCUAACUAAAUAGAAUGGUGACUUGGGGUCCUAAUACAAAUGUGGUUACGAUUCGUUGCAGGUUUGUUGUUAGAUUUUGAUAGCCGUUUAUUUGUUGCGACAUGUUUUAAGUUCCCCAUUAGAUACGUAACCUUAGUGGUUGGUUAGUAGUUAGUUUCACGCGGCUUGCGGUCUCUGCAAUAACGGUGUCGGUCCACCCUCGAGAUCGCUUUGCUCUGUGAUGUGAAGGCCAAUAGAUAAUUUUGUAACAAAACUUGUAUAACUAACAAAUUAAUUUUAUCAAUAGAUUAACUGUAACAUUACUAUGUUGAACCACUGUCUAUAGAGUUAUUUAUUAUUUUAUUGUUGCACUGAUUUUUGUUAUGUUCUAUGUUUUAUUUGUGUUUAAACCACCUUAUUGUAAAUACGUCAAAUCUUAUACUUUAAUGUUUAGUUUCAUGCUGUCGAAGACUUUAUGUUUCAUUCUAGGAAGUAAUAUAAUGCAUUCAAUGUGGAUGUACUGAUAAAUUUAUUGGAAAAUAAUAUUGAUUUGUUU